AAAAUGUGGACAUAAUUUUGCUUAAACAGGAUUAGGUUAUCUAAAUAUAUUAAAAUAAAAUAAUAAAAAUUAGGAGAAAAUAAUCUCAACCCAAGGGAAACUUUAUUAAAACAAUAUUGGAAAUUCAAACUUUUUUAUAUUAAAACUUUAUUGUAAAGAAUUUGCAAAUAAAAAUAAUCACACAUCAAAAUUAGCCAGACCCAAAGUCUAUGCAUUUUAGCAAAUGCCUAUGGAGCUGAGACAGGCACUCCGAAGCUGUGCAGCUUCAUGUCAGAUCUUACACUUUCACUAGCCAAUAUAUUUUUUGCGCUUACCCAUCACCAAAAUAUCCAUGGUAGAGUUGAAACUAGAGCAACAUUAGCUUUGUAUCUGCUUUCAAAACCACAGUGCCCUUUACCUGAGUUCAGUCCUUCCUCAGUCCCUCAUAGUUGCCCUUUCUUCUCUCCUUUUACAUAUUAUGUAUUUACCCACAUGGACAUUUGUUUACAUAUGGGCAUAUACAUAUAGUUACAUAUAUAUGGAUGGAUGUAACAGGGUCUAUUUGCCAAAUAAGCCCAUGAAAACUAGGUAACAUCUCUCAGCCCAGCCCACCCCAUUCCUCUCUCCAGUUACACCUCACUUGAUCUUUUUAUAUCACUUCCAAACCCUCUGUGCCCUGGGGCUCUCCUUCAUCUCCAUCACACUUUGAGUAACUUCAAUAAGCGCCUAAGAUAGGGAGACAGUCCUAGAGGUCUGCAAGGCUUCAGCUAAUGUGUGUCUGUGCUUUCAGGGCUGUGAGGCCACAGAGCAGCAAAGCCAACACUCACGUGGGAAUUCCCGGGGCUGCUGAAAACAUGCAAAUCCUGAUGCCACCUGGCCAAAGCUGCUGUGCCCUAGCCAUCCUGCUGGCAAUCGUGGACUUCCAACGUGGUGGAUGCCUCCAAGUCACCAGCUCAGUAUCCCAGCAAGGAGGACAACUGGUCUUCACCUGCACUUUGUGGCACAAGAGAGGUGAAGCCGAGGGGCUAAUACUCUUCUGGUGCAAAGACAGGCGGUCCGACUGUUCUCCUGAGACCAGCUUAGAGCAACUAAGGGUGAAAAGGGAUCCUGGGACAGAUGGUAGCAAUGAACUGAAAUCUCAGUUGGUAUACACCAUAGAACAAGCCACACUAUCGGACAGUGGGACCUACCAGUGCUGUGCCCGAAGCCAGAAGCCAGAAAUCUACAUUCAUGGUCAUUUUGUCUCUGUUCUAGUCACAGGGAACCACACUGAGAUAAGACAGAGACAAAGGCAGGACCAUACUGACAGCACUCCCAGUUCAGACUUCCUGCAAGUGAAGGCCUGCAGGAUGCUGGUCACCAUCCUGGUGGCUCUUCAAGGUAUGUUCAGAAGAGAUUUCAGCGCUCCAAGCUAUGAGUUUGUACUGCCAGCUUAAUUAUUUCCUAGGUGGGAAAGUACAGAAAGGAAGGAGGGGAAAACGUGUUCCCCAAGGCCUGGCCAUCUACAGUAUGUGGGUGAAACCGGCUUAAAGUUACUAAAGUCCUCAUACUGUAGCUAUGUGGAGACAGACAAAUCGGACUUCCCUCUGGGUAAGAGGUUGGGCCUCUUAGGAAAGGCCUGUGGGACACAAGAAACACAGCUGCCCCCACUCAAUGAACACAGCAAUGCCAGGACAAGCCACAGGUCUCUAGUUAUUACACAAAGAUGAACAAGGCAGGAGACAGGGUCGGCCUGAGGUGGGGUUUGAACACAGCACCUCCACAAAGAUGAUGACCGUAUUGAGUAUUAAAAUAUUGAGACAUUUAAUAAUUUUCCACUAGGAUUUUGCAUAACAAAUAAAUGAUAUGAGAUUUUAACUGUCCUUGGCAGCCAAAAGGGCCAGCUUCUACACAGGGGACAUGAGGAUGGAGUAGUCUGGUCAUUUACUUAUACUGAAUACAAGUUUCCCUAGUGGGUUAAGCUAUAUUCUUGUUAAUAAAUGCUAUUUCUUCAGGCACACUUUGAGUACACACUCAAAGGGAAACGGGGUCCAUCUUGCACUAUCGCCACUACCUGACUCCAGAGUCACCCCAGAACAACAAGGCCUCUGCUCCCAGUGCCCUUUUCUAGUCAAGAACAAAGCCUUACAUUCAACUAUUUAUUUUCUCCUGUACUCAAGGCGCUCUGAAGGUACACAAAAGAAAAACCAAAACUAAAUCAUAUACUACUUAUGAGGCUGUGUGAGUGAGACAUGGUCUCCCUAUGCAGCCCAGACUGGUUUCCUACUCAGUCCUACCCCAGGCGUCGGACCACUGGGAUUACAGGUGUGAAGAGCCAUGUCCAGCUUUUCCUUCUCUUCCUCUUCCUCCAAUCCAAGCCUUAGCAGACAGAGGGAAGAGGCAGCAUUCAGCAGAAAAACACACGCGUUUCCGGGGGUCUUAGCGAUAUUAUGGAGACCAAGUUAUAAUGCUUUUUCUUCCAUGUGAGGUUAAAGUGAAGGAGUGUCCUGAUCCCUGCGCCUCUCUCUGUGCCUCCCACACAGCCCAGAUACUGUGUUCACACAUUUUCCCUAUUCCCUUUCUAAUCACGGAGCCUAUCAAACAGCCACCUCAGGACGGGCCUCAAAUCAGGUGUUCUGUUUCUCAGUUAGUCUAAGUUGUGAGGUAGUGAUACAAACCAUUCAUUUUCUUUCAACAGCUCUAUAAAAAAAAAAAAAAAACAACCUUCAGAAGAAGGUACAGCAAGAUAAAUCUGACAACGCACACAGGAAGAACGGUACAGGGAACAGAUGCCGAGUAGACCAAGAAUCUGGAGGGUCAGCAAGAUGGCUCAGCCAAGAACAGGAGCUUGCCUGCCAAGCUUCAGCUCAAACCUCUGCAAACACAUGGUGGAAGGAGAGAACUGACUCCCCCAAGUUGUCCUCUGACCCCCAUGGGAGUGCCAUGCUCUGACCCCAAUAAAUAAAAUCAUUCCAGGGAUCUGGCAGAGCGUUUGGCAUACUUCUGGAUCUUCUUUCCUUAUUGCCAGUGCAAGUUUGCCUACUCCCGCCUCAGUGCCAAGAGAGAAAACAUGUUACAAGUGUGAUUGGUGUGCUGGCCUUAAAUACCAGGUAUGUUUUAUACCACAGAAUAAUGGUUCAUCUCCCCUGCAACACAGUAAAAUAAGUGAGUUCUAAUUUUAUAUGUGUGUGUGACGCAUGUAUGCGUGCACACUGAACACGUGGAGGUCAGAGAACAACUCCUGGGAGCUGGUUCUCUCUUCCUCUGUAAGGGCUGGAGAUCAAACUCAGGUGGCUAGGCUUGUGCAAGUGCUAACAGCUGUCUGUAACUCCAGGCUCUGACACCCUCGCACAGACAUACAGGCAGGCAAAGCACCAACACAAAUAAAAAUAAUAAAUAAAUUAGAAAAGAAAACUGUACUUCUAACUGGGCCAUGGUAGCACACGCCUUUAAUCCAGCACUUGGGAGGUAGAAGCAGGUGAAUCUUGUGAGUUUGAGGUCAGCCUGGUCUACAGAGUGAGUUCCAGGACAGCCAGGGCUACAGAGAGAAACCCUGUCUCAAAACCAAACCAAACAAAAAACAGCUGUACUUCUGAUUAGAAAAAAUGGCCACCACAAGCCGCAGCCAGGAUCUCAGUGAGAAGGAAAAGCUACAACAGAUGCUUUGUUUAUGUGCACACCAUCCAAUCUGUCACAAAGAAAAUGUAAAAAGAGGGGGAAAAAAAAGAUCUCAAACUUGAAUGUCUACAGUUCCUCUUGUCUGGGACAUCUUCUAGCUCAGUUAAGAGGUCCUGGUACACACCCCUAGUCAUGCACACUGUAUUCUGAUUUCCAUUAGAACCCCCUAGGACAGUGUCACCUGUGUACCCAGACAAGGACAUUAGUACCAGCCGAUAUUUCCUCCCGCAGGAAUGACACCAUUCCAUUAACUCCUUCCCAGCUACAUUCAUAGAACUUUGGAGAUUUGCUUUGGAAACUCUUAAGAGCAGUCUCUUAGAGCAACUUUCAAAUCUCUGUUAAUCCUACAACCCUGAAUUCAUCAUCCUGAAUAAAUAUUUACACAUAUAUUCAUAUAAGUAAUGUAUAAUGAUUCAUAUAUAUUCAUAUAAUAUAUUGUACAUACGUAUACAAUUAGAGUAGUGUACGGGCUGAGGCCCGGCUGGCCCAGUAAUGGCUGUCCAACAGAAGGUCCAAGGAUCUAGCAGUCUCACAAUCUGUUAGGGUGGAUGUCUCAGCUUGUCUUCAGUAUUUGCUGGGAUCCUGAAGAAGUAGGUGUGACGUUUUCACUUGAUGGCAAGUGAGACUGAAGCUGCCAUCAAGAGCAAGGGCAAGCAGGCAAAGAACAGAAGCUUCCUCCUUCCAUGUCCUUUGUAGAGGCUGCCACCAGAAGGUGUGGCCCAGAUUAAACGUGGAUCUUCCCACAUCGAAAGAUCCAGAUUAAAGACUGGAAGGUUUAAUUAAGGCAAAUCCCUCACUGGUGUGCUAGUGUGGGUGGUCCUUCUGUCUGUGUUCUUCUUGUCCUCCUCCUCUUUGGUUGGUGUCAAUGUUUCCCUUUUGGUAGCUUGCAGAGUACCUUCCCGAACCAAACAGACUCAAACAUAGGGAUGAAGGUUCCAUGUAGGUACCAGCUUGACUUUUUCCAUGUUCAUGAGUUAUGUGGUUAUUGUCCUCAGCAAUGGGGCCCCUGCUGUCAGUUUUCAGAGAGCAACCCUUUGUCUUAACAACAACGCCUAGCUUGUUUAGGAACUUCCAUGGGAUCCCCUUGACCAAAAAGUCAAUUGAAUGCAUCCCAGCCCUGCCACUGGGAACCUGGCAACAAGAGAUGGCCAGUUGAGACUCCAUAUCCCACAUUGCUAGGAGUCCUCACUAGGAUCACCUUCAUACAUUCCAGGAAGUUUCCACUGUGCUGGGUUUCCACACUACUCCCCAAAUGCCCCCCAUUCCCAGCCUAUCUCUCCAUCCUAUCUCCCCAUCACCUGAUCCUACUCCCCCACUCCCAUUCCCACCUGCCCCCAGUCCACCAGUAAGAUCUAUUCUACUUCCUCCUCUCAGAGAGACCGACGUAUCCCCCUAGACCACAUUCUCUUUAUCUAAUCUCUCUGGGUGUACAGAUUGUAGCUUGGUUACCAUUUACAUAAAGGCUGAUAUCCACUUGUAAGUGAAUAUAUACACUAAUUAACUUUCUGAGUCUGAGUUACCUCACUUAGGAUGAUUUUUCUAGGUCUAUCCAUUUGCCUACAAAUUUCAUGAUGUAAAUUAAAAUUAUAGUUGAGUAAUAUUGUGCAAAUGUACCACAUUUUUAAAAAUUCAUUCUUCUGUUGAGGAACAUCUAGGCUGUUUCCAGUUCCUGGCUAUUAUGAAUAAAACCAUAAUGAAUGUGGUGGAGCAAGUAUCCUUGUAGUAUGGCAGAGCAUCCUUUCGGCAUAUGCCCAAGAGUGGUAGAGCUGGAUUUUGAGGUAAAUUGAUUCCCAACCUAGUCUAAGGAAUUGCCAUAUUGAUUUCCAUAGUGGCUAUACAAGUUUGCACUUCCACCAGCAAUGGAUGAGUAUUCCCUUUACUCCACAUCCUGGCCAAUGUGAUCUUAGCCACUCUGAUGGGUGUAAAAUAGAAUCUCAAAGUUGUUUUGAUUUACAUUUCUCUGAUGGCUAAGGAUAUUGAACAUUGCUUUAAGUGCUCCUCAGUCAUUUGAGUUUCCUCUGUUGAGAAUCUGUUUAGAUCUGUACCCUAUUUUUAAAUUGUAUUCUUUGUUAUUCUGAUAUGUCGUUUGUUGAGUUCUUUAUAUAUUUUGGAUAUUAAUCCUCUAUUGAAUGUGGAGUUGGUAAAAAAAAAAUAUCUUCCCAUUCUGUAGGUUUCUGCUUUGUCCAAUUAACGGUGUCCUUUCCCUUAGAGAAGCUUAUCAGUUUUGUGAGGUCCUAUUUGUUAACUGUUGAGCUUAGUGCCAGCACUAUCAGUGUUCUGCUCAGGAAGUCAUCUUCUGUGCCAGUGAUCUCAAGGCAAUUCCCCACUUUCUCUUCUAUCUGAUUCAGUGUGUCUGGUUUAUGUUGAGGUCCUUAAUCCACUUGGACUUGAGUUUUGUGCAGGGUGAUAGAUAUGGAUCUAUUUGCAUUCUUCGAUAUGCAAACAUCCACUUUGCCCAAAACCAUUUGUUAAAGAUGCUGUCUUUUUUUCAAUGUGUAUAUUUCUGGCUUCCUUAUCAAAAUCAGGUGUUCAUAGGAGUGUGGAUUUAUGUCUGGCCUUCGAUUCCACUGAUCAAUGUGUCUGUUUUUAAUUCCAAUAUCUUGCUGUUUUAUUACUGUAGCUCUGUAGCAUAACUUGAAAUAGGGAAUUAUGUGACCUCCAGCAGUUCUUUUAUUGUUCAAGAUUGUUUUAGAUAUCCUGGGUUUUUGUUUUUAUAUAUGGUGUUUAGAAUUGCACUGUCAAAGUCUAUAAAGAAUUGUGUUGGAAUUUUGAUGGGGAUUGCAUUGACUCUGUAGAUUGCUUUUGGUAGGAUGUCAGUUUUACUAUGUUAAUCUAUGAGCAUGGGAGAUCUUUUCAUAUUCUGGUAUCUUCAUCAAUUUCUUUCUUCAAAGACUUGAAGUUUUUUUAUCAUACAUGUCCUUUACUUGCUUGGUUAGAGUUACCUCAAGGUAUUUUGUAUUAUUUGAGGAUAUUGUGAUUCUUUCUCAGUACAUUUGUCAUUUGUAUACAGGAGGACUACUGAUUUUUUAAUGUUAUUUAGUUUUUAGUUAAUCUUGUAUCCAACUAUUUUGCUGAGAAUGCUUAUCAGCUGUAGGAAUUUUUAGGGUCACUUAUGUAUACUAUCAUAUCACCUGCAAAUAAAGAUACUUUGACUUCUCCCUUUCCAAUUUGUUCACCUUGGUCUCCUUUAGUUGUCAUUGCUCUAGCUGAAUAGAUACGGAGAACAUGGACAAUCUUGUCUUGUUUCGUUUCUGAUUUUAUUGUUUUGAUUUUCUCUUCAUUUAAUUUGAUGUUGUCUAUACGCUUGCUGUAAAUUGCCAUUAUUAUGUUGAGGUAUGGUCCUCAUAUCCCUACUCUCUCCAGAACUUCUAUCAAGAAGGGACGUUGGAGUUUGUAAAAUAAAAUUCUGUAUCUAAUGUGGGUUUUUUUUUUUUACUUAAUUUAUACGGUGAACCAAAUUUGUUGAUUUACAAAUGUUGAACCAUCUCUGCACCUCUGGGAUGAAGCCUACUUGAUCAUGGUGGAUUUUUUUAAUGUGUUCUUGGAUUUGGUUUGCAAGUAUUUUAUUGAGUAUUUUUGUAUCUGUGUUCAUAAGGGAAAUUGUUCUGUAAAUUCUCUUUGUUGGGUUACAUGGUUUAGGUAAAAGGGUAACUGUGGCCUCAUAAGAUGAACAAGGCAAGGUUCCUUCUGUUUCUAUUUUGUGGAAUAAACUGAGGAAUAUUGGCAUUAACUCUUCUUUGAAAGUCUGAUAGAAUUCUGCACUAAAACCUGCACUAAAAAAAGUCCGGGCUUAGCCAGACUGUAGUGGUGCACACCUUUAAUUCCAGCACUCAGGGAGGCAGAGGCAGGUGGAUCUCUGAAUUCAAGGCCAGCCUGGUCUACAGAGUGAGUUCCAGGACAGCCAGGGCUACAGAGAGAAACCCUGUCU